AUGAUCAUCGAGGAGCUGCCGAGUGGCCCGCAGGCGGCGGCUGAACUCGCGGCGAAAGGCGACGCGCAGUUUGUGGACGAGGACUAUGACGCGGCCGUGGAUCUCUACACGCAGGCGAUCAGCGCGAAUGGCGCGACCGAGACUCUUCUCUGCAAACGCGCAGCCGCGCACAUUAAGCUCGAGAAUUUCACAGAUGCGGUGGCAGAUGCAAACGCGGCGAUCAAGCUGAACCCGUCUUAUGCGCUGGCCUACCUGCGUAAAGGAGUCGCCUGUCAUAACCUAGAAGAGUAUGAGACAGCACUGGCAGCGUUCAAGGCAGGAGCCAAGCUAGAGCCGAGUAAUGCCAAGUUCCGCAACGGCAUUCGCAAGGCAGAGGCGGAGCUGCAGAGCCAAGAAGAGGACAUGACAGUUGACGCUCCUGCCCCCUCUGCUCCAUCCACGUCAGAAGCUCCUGCCAGCGCCCCCACUGCCUCUGCUGCCCCCACUUCCUCUGCUCCUGUCACUAAACCUGCGCCAGCACCAGCACCAGCACCUCCGAAAUACAGGCACGAGUUUUAUCAGUCGGCGACAACAGUGGUGGUGACAGUGUUCGCCAAGGGCGUUUCAUCGGAGCAGCUGAAAGUGCAGAUUGGAGAGCAAGUGCUGAGUGCGGUGAUCGAAUCGACCAAUGACGAGCCGCCAUAUGUCCUGCAGCUGCGGUUGUUUGGCAAGGUGGACCCGGCAAAGAGCAAGCACGUGCUGAUGAGCACCAAGAUCGAGGUGCGGCUGGCCAAGGCGGAGGCCAUUCACUGGACGGCUCUUGAGGCAACCAGACGACCCGCGGUGGUGCAGCCUGUGAACGUGUCCGAUGAAACCGCGGAGAAGCUGAAGCACAUGUACCCAUCGUCCCGCAAGCAGCAUGUGAACUGGGACCAGCUUGAGGCAGAGGUGAAGGCAGAGGAGAAGGAUGAGAAGUUGGAGGGAGAUGCAGCGCUGAACAAGCUCUUUCAGGACAUCUACGCAGGGGCAGACGAGGAGACACGCCGUGCCAUGAACAAGUCUUUCGUGGAGUCCAAGGCUGAGCCGUACCUAGUGACCAAAGCCAAGCAGCUUCGCGGAAUCGCGGACGCCGCACAAGCAGAUCUCGACGCCGCUAAUGCUCUUCUCCAGCAGCGGCUCGCGGAGGAAGCGCCUUUGGCACAAAAGGCGGCGGCUGCGGACGCGGAAGUCACCGCCGCAACGACGGAGCUCAACAGCAAGCGCGCUGAGCUCGAGGCGGCAAAAGUGGAGCAGGAAACGGCGCGUCAGGCGCUGAUUCAGGCGAAGCAGGUUUCGCGCGACGAGCGUUCGUACUUUGACGAUCUCGAGUCGCAGGCCGAAGAGGCCAUUUUCGAGGAGAGCGAAGCCGCCAAGGACGUUCUCGACGCCAUCGCCCGCCAAAACACCACCGCCGUCGUGCUCACUGAGCAGCAGAAAAUAGCGACGGAAGCUUACAACGACGCUGUCGCCGCGGCUCGGUCAGCUGCGCGGCUCCAAACCCCGGAGGCGAAGGCGCUUCAGACGGAACUGUACAAUGUCAAGCUCCAGGCGGAUCGGAUCCUUGGCGCAGUGAAGAAGCAAGCCGACCGCGCCGUCCAGCGUGUGUCAGAGCGGGAGACGGAAAGCGAGAAGGUUAAGAAGGAUAAGAGCGAUACUCACGGCGCCGCCGACGUACAGAAGGCGGUGAAAGAAAAGGCGGAGAAGGACGAGGCCGAUUCGAACGUGUUUUUCACAAAGGCGGUCGGAAAGACGAAGAACUUGGAUACCGCGGUGAAAACGGCGGGGCAGAAUUACAAUGCGAAGGUGAAGGCGCAGCGGGACGCCAAGUUGGCGCUGGCGCCUAAGGUCAAUGCGCGCGCGGCGCAGGAGCGCGUCGUGGCGAUGAGGAAGUCGCGCGCGGACGCGUCCAAGGGGAACGCGGAUAACGCGGACAAGGAAGCUAGGGGGAAAGGUCUCAAUUUUUAA